UCCGAAGAAACUUCAAGGAGCUUCUUUAAGAAGCUUUCCUUUGCGGGGGAGAAAAAUGACCCAUAAACCCCUCUAGAAAAGAGUGUGGCUAAUUGGCAUAUAAGUUGGAGGUUAAAGAGCGGAAGGAAGAAUCUGGUGGUUUUUUAAAGUUACUGAGAAAGUGAGAAUGUCGCUUUGGGCAGAGCGACAUGACUUUUUACUAGAGUGUGUCUUUCUUUAUACUACCCAGCAUAGUGAGCCACCGAGACUUGCAAAAAAGAUUUUUCUUAAUCCACCUUCCUUUUCUGCAGGCAGCAGUAGAAGGGCCUUUAAAUCAAAUGCAAUCAGCAAGCUUGUCUCUUGCACUUAUUCCCUGCUUCACUCCCUGGAAUUUGGCAUUUGAUGGAUUCUGGAUCUGACUUAAGGCUUUUUCCAAAUCCAAGACUUGGGGAAUUUUGUUAACAGUGCAAUAAAAAUAGCUUCAUAGUGUUACAGGAGACACAUUAAAGAGGUUGUGUGUGUGAGCUGCUCUCCCCUUUAAAAAAAAAAAAAUACAGACAAUGUUUCUUUAAAAGUCUCCAUCUGCAAAUCCCAUUAGAUGUGCAUAUAAGGUUUCUGAUGAUUAAUAGUUGCCUGCUCGGGUUUUGGUUGGAGGGGAUCGUGUGUGUGCGGGUUAACCCCUCCCUCUCCUCUCUCACAUUUCACUUCAGAAAUGUGUCACUCUCUCCCCACUGCAGGAUUUAAAGUGUGUCUCAGAGCGCCGGGCUGCUCCUCUGCAGGCAUUGGCUUCAGGCGCCAGGACCAGUCCAUCAUCAGCUGGUGGGGCCGAGCUGGGCCAUUGAAAAUGUUCAGUGUCAUCAGCGACAAAUACAUGUACAAGGGACCCCAAUAGGCAGGCUGGUGUGCUGGGGGGCAGGAAGUGAGGAGUAAAGUCUGACAUAGGUGUGUGUCACACAUGUGUGGAGUGGGCCACAUGUGUGCGUACCUUCAGGAGAGGCUUUAGUUUUGGUUUUUCUUUUGGUUCCUGGGGUGAAUUUUCCGUUGAACUUUUUUACCUCCUAUUUUUAAAAAAAAAAAAAUUUUUUUUUUUGCAUUUUUAAAAUUUUCAAUCUAACAAGUGUAAAGAGACAAAUCUUUGAGAGGACUGAGGCAGGCAGCCGACACAGAUGGAUCCCGUGGCCAGCAGCUGCAUGCGGAACCCUCAACCUCCAGCCCCUGUCUGGGGCUGUCUUCGAAACCCCUACUCAGAAGGCAAUGGGACCUCAGGGCUCCCCCACUACCCGCCAACCCCGUUCUCCUUCCACCAGAAACCAGAGUUCCCGACGACGGCGACAGCAGCCUACCCCGACUUCUCUGCCUCCUGCCUCGCAGCCACCCCACACAGCCUGCCCCGGGAGGAGCGCAUCUUCACUGAGCAGCACCCUGCCUUCCCACAGCCCCCCGAAUGGCACUUCCCUGUCUCAGAGGCCCGGCGCAGGCUCAACCCAGGCCCAUCUGGGAGCUCCCGGGAGAUGGGGGCCAGCAGCCCAGGCCUGGUGGAUGCCCUGGGAGGCCCAGGCGAGGACUACGGGGUCCUUGGGACCACUGCCAAUGAGACGGAGAAGAAGUCAACCCGACGGAAAAAGGAGAUUUCAGACAACCAGGAGACCCGAGGGAAACCGGAAGGCGGCAGCAAGGCCCGCAAGGAGAGGACAGCCUUCACCAAGGAGCAGCUGCGGGAGCUGGAGGCCGAGUUUGCGCACCACAACUACCUGACUCGGCUCCGGAGAUACGAGAUCGCGGUGAACCUGGACCUCUCUGAGCGGCAGGUCAAAGUAUGGUUCCAGAACCGGAGGAUGAAGUGGAAGCGUGUGAAGGGAGGUCAGCCCGUCUCCCCACAUGGGCCGGACCCUGAGGAUGGGGACUCUGCAGCCUCUCCAAGUUCAGAGUGAGAUGCUCCAUGGAGACAAAAAGACUGAGGACUGAGCCUCCUACCCACUACCCCACCCCUGUCCCACCUUCACCUUCUCCCCCCCACCCCACCCCCAGUGUGGCCUCCCCGUGUCUCGCAGUGAUUCAUGGAUAUGAAGCUGCCCAGCAUUUCUGGAGACCCUGAAGUUUCCCAGAAAGCUCUGUUCAGCAUUGCUGUGGCUUAGGAACCCCUUUUCCAGGGCCUCUGCUUCCCAUAACUCUGUGGAAUCGAGCAGAGGUCCUACCCAAGUGAGUCUGGGGAACAGCUCCAGGGACACAGCCUCUCAGGGCUCCUUGGCUGCCACCUGCACCCUCUCCUGGCACCUUCUUCCUAUACCAGCCAGGCCUUGUCCAGGUCUGGACACCACCUGGCCUCCUGGGAGAGGCACCUUGGGACCAGCUGGUGUCUCGUGAAAGCGAACCUUCCAGAAGAAAGGAAAUGACUGAGACGUACACCUCCAGGACCACCUCUCCACUUUGGACUCUACGUUGGAGGUCUUAGGGGCUCUUAAAAAAACUUGUUGCUGUCAAGUUGAUCCUGACUCAUAGCAACCCUAUAGAACAGUGUAGAACUGCCCCGUAGGGUUUCCAAGGAAUAGCUGGUGGAUUUCAACUGUCGACUUUUUGGUUAGCAGGCGAGCUCUUAACCACUGCGCCACCAGGGCUCCUAGGGACUCUUAGUCAUCCCAGAAGCCCAGAGAAAAUCAAUGUGGGGAGGGCUGAGGACAGAAACUCUGCUGCUGCAAAUAGGAAACCCAUCCGUGUCUCCAAGUUUAUUGGCUAUUAAGUGGGCAGGUUUAUGAGGGUUGACUGGCAAAAGACAGAAAGAUAGCUUGGUGUAGAUCUCGUGGUCCCCAAACAGGCCCAUUCACACUAGCUUUACUGGGUGGGUGAGAACGAAGCCAGGACAGCACCUGCUUCUUCAAAAAUCAAUUCGGCACUAAACUUGGGCCGUUGAGCAGAGCCCCAGAGCGAUGGAGCAGCUAUUCCUUCUAAAUCCACAGUUUCCAGAUUGAAAACCUAUCAGAUGCUCACGUUGUUGAGUUGAGGGCUAGAAAGUGGCUCCUGUGUUCUGAGGAUGGGGAGCUACAAACUAGGGCUGCUGGCUGAAGGCAUAGAAAUGUGGAGCCCUGGAGUGGAAGAUACUCUGGCUGCAGCAUGACAUGCUCUCAAAGAACUCUAGCUGCAACGGGAAAAAGAAAACAGUCCCUAUCCCUCCACGGGAUGGAUUUUAGCCCCUCUUAUGGUGCAAACUCUAUGGGGCAGUUCUACUCUGUCCUAUAGGGUCGCUAUGAGUCAGAAUCGACUUGAUGGCA